AUGACGGGAGUUCCUUGUCUGGGUGACCCCGAUCACAAGGGAGUCUUGCCAUUCCGGAACAAGCCUCAUCGCUACAACUGCUCUGUGGACAGCCUCUCCAGCCCAGAGAUCUUCAUCGUCCAGCAUCCAGGUAGUGCUCUCCCAGCCUACCUCAUCACUUUUGCUUGA